GGGAGAGGAGCGGAGAGGGAUUUACUGGGGGGGCUGGUUCAUCCUCGGCUGCAUUAAAGCAGGAGCCGCUGCAGCUGCAUCACACACACAUCACAGUUCCUCCUCUUCCUCCUCCUCUUCAUCCCUCUCUUUCUACCUCCUCCUCUUCCUCCUCUUCCUCUUCAUCACUGCAGCUCUCACCGACGGCAGGUCCACUGGAUGGUGGAGCCUUUUUAUUUUUCCUCUCUUCACGCGGACAGACACGCACGGGAUCGCUGUCCGGUGCGGCGGGACUGGACCGGACGCGGGGCUCCACGCAUUUUCCUGAAUUUCAGCAGACCUCGAUGAACCGUGUGGAGACGAUGCGCUGAGACGCACACGGCCCAGGCUCUCCGGUCGGUCGUGCGCUCAUCCAGAGGCUGCAGCUAACGGAGAGGGGGUGGACUGCGGUAUAAAAGAGAGAGGGUUUGCAGAGGAAAACAAAAAAAAAAAAAGGUUUCUGAUCCAUAAAGGUUGCGCCUGGCUCGAAAGGAGUGAGUCUCGCCCCUGAGCAGGGGGCGAUCAGUGGAGAGGCAGAAGUCUGCGCAAACGAUGGCCACCUUACUGCGGAAGAUCGGUCUGAUCCGUCUGCACGACCGGGACACGGAGGAUCCGAAGCACCACCAGGGCUCGCUAAAGGGGACCAAGGGGAACCAGAAGAACAACGCCAACAAGCACUGUCAAACCGCCAACGAGACCAACCUGCUGAGCACCCCGGAGAUCAAGGCGAGGAAGCUGGACCAGCAAGGCAAGGACAAGCCGACCGGCAAAGACAAGCAGGGCAAGGAGGCGAAGGAGAAGCAGCAGACGGGGGGAGGCGGGAGCAAAGCCCCCAGCGCCUCGUCCGUGCCGCCGCUGGCGCCUCACCGGCAGCACUGCACCCAGGUGCGGACGCGGCGGCUGAUGAAGGAGCUGCAGGAGAUCCGGAGGUUAGGGGACAACUUCAUCACGGUGGAGCUGGUGGAGGACAACCUGUUCGACUGGAACGUCAAGCUGCACCAGGUGGACAAGGACUCGGCGCUGUGGCAGGACAUGAAGGAGACCAGCACCGAGUUCAUCCUGCUCAACGUCACCUUCCCCGACAAUUUCCCCUUCUCGCCGCCGUUCAUGCGGGUCCUGACGCCCCGGCUGGAGAACGGCUACGUGCUGGACGGCGGGGCCAUCUGCAUGGAGCUGUUGACCCCCCGCGGGUGGUCCAGCGCCUACACGGUGGAGGCGGUCAUGAGGCAGUUUGCUGCCAGCCUUGUAAAAGGACAGGGCCGUAUCUGCAGGAAAGCAGGAAAGUCCAAGAAAGCUUUCAGUCGUAAAGAAGCCGAGGCAACCUUCAAGUCGCUGGUGAAGACCCACGAGAAGUACGGCUGGGUGUCCCCGCCCAUUUCCGACGGUUGAGUGUCCAGCUGCCGUCCCUCCAACCCCUGUGCUAGCCGUAGAAGAAAAAGAAGAAGAAGAAAAAAAACACACAAGCUAGCCUCCUUUAGAAAAAAAACAACACACCACGCUAACUCAAAAAUAUCUCAUCGUCACUUCUGGCUGUGUCGCUCAAGAUCUUUUUUGUUCGGUUUUUGUUUCCAUCAUUAUUGCCACCUCUCGACUAGAGAAGCGAGAUUUUUUUUUGUUUUUGUUUUUUCUUUUUGACCUUCUUGCCCAGGGAAUCUUUCCCCUGGUCCGGAACAAGGCGGAAGAGCGAGGAGAGGCGUUUGUGUAUGAAUGUGUCACUUCACGAGAAAUCAGCUGGGAAUGUGCGUCACUACCACCGGAUUUAUUUAUUGUUGGGGGUUGUUUUUUUUUGCUUUCUUUUUUUUUUUUUCCCCAGCACACACCAUUGUACGUGCAGUCGGACACAUCGGAUACGCGAACUUUUUCUCCACCCAUGCAAAAGACUACUGAACGAAAGAGACUCAUCUUUCACGCUAGUCCUCUCUUUAGUACUUGGACCGGCUACAUCCAACCAUUUGUGUAGCUCUCGGGUCGUUUAAAUACAAAUGAGGCUGUUAAUGUUUAAUAGUAGGGCAGCGCACUGGCAUUUAUACGCACUCAUUCCCUCUUUCGUUUUUCUUUUUCUUUUUUUUUCUCUCCCUUGCUUUCGACUGUGCCGUUUGCUCACGGUUCAAUGCAACAUAAAGAUUGUAAUUUACAUGGAGCUGUGCUCUUAACUCUUUCUUCUUUAACUCGCUUUUUCUCUCUCUCUUUCUCUCUCUCUCUCUUUCCUUCUCUUGUGGCUAAACUUAGAGCUCAGUGUGGCGCAGCUGGAUUAAAAAAACAAACAAAAAAAAAAAAAAUCACAUGUUGCUUUAUGCAGAGAGACCCUGUAUGAUAAACAGAAUGACAGUCAGUCACCUUCUUUCUUUCUCGCUCGCUCUGCUCUCGCGUUAGCCCGUCCGCAGGAGAGCAAGAAGCCUAUAAUUCCCAUGAUUUAGAUACCAGAUGGUACAGCUGAAGGGCCGGGCCCUCAAGUGUGCGCGCGCUUGCAAAGAGACAACCCUUUAAACGAUGAAGCGCGUGGCUGUGGAUGACACCGUUACCUGCAGGGAAGUGCUAUUCCUUCAGCUAAACCGCGCUCCGUGUCAUUACUUUAAACACGCGUGGAGUUGUAACCGUAUGUCUCUCAAAACCUCCGUGUAAUUUUAGCAGAAAAUAAAGACGUUUAGCGCCCGACACACACACACGUUUGACCUCGACGGUGGCGCCGACCCCUGGAAAUGGGAGCCGGAGUGCGGCUGUAAACGAAUGAACGCUUCAGAGAACUCCUGAUCGAUGCAGGAGGGAGAAAUGCAGGACGGGGACGGGAGGAGGAACGGCGGGGGAAAAGGAGGGAACCGUGCACGCUUCACGAUCACCGCCCGGCUGCUCUUGGGAAAAUGUCAGGUGGCUUCGCCGAGCGGCUGAGCGACAGGUAUUAUUUGCUCCGCCAUGUUGCACUCAGUUCUAGGAGUUCCAACCUUUUUUUUUAAAGGAGUUUGUCGAAGUCAGAAAUCCAAGCGUACAGCAACGCUAUCGUUCAUCAGCCUCCUGGUCCGGUUUGUUUUGCUGCGCGCCAAGUAAAUGUCACAGGAAGCGCUGCUAAUUGGUCUGACAUUUCCGCAGAGCGUCAUUAGAAAAGAGCAGCGAGGAUGGAGGAGAUCAAGACUCCCGCUCGGCGCUGACAUAUCGUCACUCUCCUCUCCCCGUCCUGCCAGAGGAGCGAGGGAGGGCCUGUUCGUUAUCCCCGAGCGGGCUUUCCCUCUCAGGAACAUGUAGCUAGGGGGUACGUUCGCUAUAAAUCCAUAACAAAUACCUGUGAGCAAAUAAGCAGGCCACGUUCCCGUCGUCGUCGUCGAAGAUACAAAAUGUUUUCAAAAAUGACAACAGAGGCAGAGACAGCGACCCACCAUCUGGUAUGUGAUCAUGUUUGAAAGCGUGUUCGUGCUAUUUAUGAGUUUGGCUCGUCAUUUCAGGUUCCGUCAUCAGAGAAAACUGUAAUCUGAAUAAUCGUUACGACAAAAUAUCUCAAAAGCUGAGUGUUCGCUGGUUCCAAGAGAAACCUCUUUUUUUUCUUUUUUUUUUGUGACAUAGUUUAGGCUGGUAGUUUGCAGAAACUAACUGGGUGAACUGACUAUUUGUAAUAUAUCUGCAUGUGAUACGUGAUUGGUAGCUAGCUACUGUAUAUCGUUUUUCCAAGAAAAGCAAGAAAAACAAGAGAAAACAAAAAAUGCAAAUGCUUCUCGUUUCUUUUCUUUUUUUAUUUAUAUUAAUAUUUUGUUUCUUUUCUUCUUCUUUUUUUUUUUUUUUGAGUCCUGUACCGUACGGACUUUCUCUUUCUUUCUCAAUGUUCUGAAAAUUGUCACAUUGUGUUUAUAUGAAUGUUUGUGUUAUAAUUUAUUUGUGGUUUGCCAAAACGACGAUUUGAAGCAUGUUGCAGGAAUUGUCACUGGAAAAGGAGAAGCAACAAAAAAAAAAGUAAACAACAAAAAAAAAAAAUGAUAGCUUAUGUAAUUGUGCGAUGGGGGGGAAGGUGCGUCUUCGUUGGGGAGGUGGUUUCAGGGAGCAAAGACUCCGGAUUAUAAAAAGGAGGUGUUGUGGGAGUGCGACACCUCCCCUCGCUCCUGUUCCUUGUCCCCCACUGGAAUGUCAUUCCUGCCCCCUCCCCAUUGGUCCUAAUCUAUACACUGAUUUGGCCCGAGUGUAAUGCAGUCAACGCAGCCUGGACAGAACCCACCCUUAGUAACAGAUCCGGGCUCAGAACGGACUCCCUGUGCUUCAAUUCAAACCUCUGAAGGGAAUCUGACCUGCGAUCAGUUACUCUGAGCGUCUUUGUCCCACUCCUGGGUCGAGCGUUUGGUCAGAGACCCAAGUCUCACAAAGUUCAAAAGGUGAAAGGUCGUUGCAAGACCAAACAGGAAUGUGCAAUAAAAAUGACAUCUUAUUGAAACCCGACUGAUGUGCUGGUUUUGUUUCUUAUUUGAAUCCUGAGCUACACUUUCAUGCAUCUUAAUGGCCCACUUCAGGUUGCUGUGUCCUCUGCCCCCCCCCUGCAUUGUCCUGCUUUUGUGCUUGGUAGGGCACAGCUUUAACACCAGUCAGUAGGGAAAAAAAGGCUGGAAACACCAAUUCUGUGCUUUUAUGAGCUGCUUUGUCCAGCUUUAUGGAGAUUUACGGUUUCUUCUGUGAGAGCAGAGCAGCUGUCUGACCAUAUCAGGGCACUCCAGUCCGCUUAGUAGGGGGGGGGGGGGAAGCUUGUGUGCGCAAGUCACAGGGAAGUGACUGAAUAUGGACUGGACAGAGCAAAUAAGCGAAUUGUGAAUUUUGUGGAGUCAUGGAAUUACAAUGAUAGCUUUGGAAAACGACACAAGACUGGACUGAAACAGCGAAAGAAACGGUGAAUGGUGUGUGCUAGAAACAGCUUAUCCAAGUGUCUGUCUUGUUACCAGUUGAUUGUUGUCAAAAAAAUAAUAAAAACAACAGAGUUA